UAUUGUUUUGACUAUCUAUUAUUUAUUAUUUUGAUGAUCUUCUUAAUCUAACAUAAAAAUGGCCACAAGAUCGAAGAAAAAGUCGACAACGCCUCUUUCAACAGUAUCUCCCGCUAAAAAGCGUGUUGAAAGCUCCUGGAUUUUACUUGUAAAAGAUUCCUUGCUGGAGAACAUAAACUUCAGGAUAGUUAUUUUGGCACACCCGUCACACGGAAAACCUACGAAGUACUGCCUGGAUGAUGAGAACAACAGAAUCUUCGAAAUUGUCACAUUUGACGAACCACACAGGUCAUGGUUUAUUGGAAAUACUGUAAAAUCUGACGGCAGUAUCCAAAUGGUUACUCCAGUGAACCCUUUAUUUCUAGUAUUACCAAAGUUAAAGGAACAGUGUGCCAGUAGAGCUGUGCCACUUGAAGACUUGCUAUCUGAAAAGGGAUAUGACAAAAUUCUUGACUUUAUGCCUAGUUUGGACAGUGUUGCUGAUUUAAAGGGUCCAGCAGAUAUGAAGGCAUACAAGUACAAUGAAGAGAAAGCUAUGACCUGGCUGGAGGAGAGAGUGAGGAGGCUGUCCAAAGUGUUGAGACAGAAGAACAUUCACGUUACCUCGGGAGCUGCAUCAGCUACAUUUGUGACUAGCAAUAUUAGCAAUGAUGGCAUAGAUGAAGAAUUCUACCUAAAAUAUGCCUGUGGCAUGAUAUCUGAGUAUCUCCAAGAUGAUAUGGCGCAAACACUAGAAAAGCGAUUUAAUUUUAAGCCUGACUUGAUUGAAACUAUAGGAAAUAAAAGGAAAUCAGAAGUAGAAAAUAAUGAACCUAAUAAGAAAAUAAAAUGUGAAGCCUCUGAUGAUGAAUCCAAGACAAAAUUAUUUGUUAUACCAGACAAAAACUUUAAUGAGGUGAAGAAAGAAAAGGUUCUAACAGCAAAAGAAAAAGCAAGACAAAAGGCAGCAAGUGGGACCAAAACUAUUUCUUCAUUUUUUACAAAGAAAUAGUUAAAUAAGUUUCUUAGUUAAUAACUUUGUUGACAUAAAAAAAUGUAUUUGUUGACAAAUUUAAUAUUGGAGGACAAAAUAACUCAAUAAAUCAUUUAAAUGUUAUUAUAUCAAAUA